CUUGAUGCUGCGAGGUUCACUUCUUUUGAACACGAUCUCGUAUUGGAAGCAAGUACGCAAUCUCUUACUCUUAUGUCAUUCACCCAACUCGAGAGGUGGCCUCCGUGGCUACUAAAGAUACUCAGAGCUGAUCACAAAGCGUGCUCUCACGUUGCUGCUAUAUCAUGGCCCCCACGCUCGCUAAAAGAUGGCAAGGACUUGUCCGUCGGUGAUUCCAUGGAUCUUUUCGCCCUGCCGUUCAAGAUCCUCUUCCACUUACUGAGUCUCAUGCUCCGGACCGCGUUGAGUGUGGGUCUCGAAUCCCCUUGUUCCUUGCCAAUUGCUUCGUCGCCCCUUGUCGUUUCUGCCAGAACAUCUUCAGACGACAUGGCCGGAGGCGAUAGUGGUCACAAUGAUUCGUAUAUCGAACGCUUUAUCGCUGAAGACAAGGUACCUUGGUACAAGAAGCCUAACCUGAGACUUCUGUACUUGUUGAUGUUCCCGACAUGUAUCGGUAUCGAGAUGACCAGUGGAUUUGACUCAUCCAUGAUGAAUGGCUUGCAAGCCGUCGGGACAUGGCAAGAGUUCUUUAACCAUCCGCGUUCUACUAUCCUUGGUCUGCUCUCCGCCUUGUAUUCUUUAGGCUCCAUCUGCUCCCUGCCCUUCGUUCCGUUUGUUACGGAUCGUCUCGGUCGAAGAUGGGCUAUCAUUGUCGGUAGUAUAAUUAUGAUGAUCGGUGCUGUCCUGCAAACUGCUUCACAAGAUUUCGCCAUGUUUGUCAUUGCUAGAUUCCUCCUAGGAUUCGGCAUUCCGUUCGCUAUCGUUGCUGCUUCAUCCAUGAUCGGAGAACUCUCCUAUCCUAAGGAGCGUGCUCGUAUCGGUUCGCUUUUCAACUCAUCUUGGUUCAUCGGCGCUAUCGUUGCUGCCGGAGUGACCCUGGGUACUUUCGCUAUGCCCACCAACUGGGGUUGGCGUAUCCCCUCAAUUCUUCAAAUUUGCCCAAGUUUACUGCAGAUCAUCUUUAUCUGGUCCUUGCCUGAAUCUCCAAGAUGGCUCGUCGCCAAGGGCCGUGGUGAAGAAGCAUACGCGAUCCUCGUUAAAUAUCAUGCAGAAGGUGACAUCGACUCUCCUUUCGUGAAAGCCGAGUAUGCUGAAAUUGAGAAAACACUUGAACUUGAACGGGAGAGCUCCAAUACGACCUGGAAGGAGCUCCUCAAAACUCCGGGAAUGCGAAAGCGUGUCCUGAUUUGCUCCUUCCUUGGCCUUGCCACGCAGUGGAGUGGAAACGGUCUGACUUCAUACUUCCUCUCACCCAUCCUUGAAAACGUGGGUAUUCAUGAUAACAGGGAAAAGAACCUCAUCAACCUCGCUAUGACCUGCUGGGGCUUCGUCAAUGCAACGGCAUUGGCCUUGACUGUCUCGAAGAUGAGUCGUCGUGUUGCGUACUUGGCGUGCACCAUCUCCUUAACAUUCAUUUUCACUGGAUGGACCAUCGCAAGUGCACGCUACGCAAUCAACGGUGACCAAGCCUCGUCUCGUGCAGUCAUUGCCUUCAUCUUUUUGUAUAGUCCUGCGUACAACAUGGCCUUUAACGCUUUGACUUAUACUUUCCUCGUCGAGCUUUUCCCGUAUCACGUUCGUGCUAAGGGUAUUGCCAUCUUCCAAUGGUGGGGUCGGGCAGCCGGUUUCUUCAACCAGUUCGUGAAUCCGAUUGGAAUCAAUAAUGCUGGAUGGAAAUACUACAUAAGCUAUUGCAUCUUCCUACUCUUCGAAGUCUUCUUCGUUUACUUCUUAUUCCCGGAGACGUCGCAUCGCUCCUUGGAGGAACUUGCUUUCCUGUUCGAGGGCGAAAAGAUGCGAGAGGAGCAGCAAAAGCGUAUUGAGGAGCACAUCGAAGAUGCUCAGCCACCAGUGACACCGACGUACAAGGAGAACGACAAGGGAUCUGCAAUUCACGUCGAACAUCUCGAGAAAUAAUCGACCCUGUGUCUACUUGGACAGUGGCGUAUGUUAUCAAUGACCCGGGACUCGUUUACGAUUCUCACGAGCCACAUCUUGGCGACGCCCUUUGUAAUAUACCGACAUGCAUUCGUAUCAUUACUUUCCUGACUAUGGACGCUUUGUCAAAAAUUAUGACAGUUUCGGCAUAGU